AAAGCUAAUUAACAAAGAUGGCCGCGUCCUGUGAAGAGAAUCAGAAUGCCCCGUGCAGAGAAGAAAUGCUCAGAGAACUUAGCUCACAAUUCCUAGAAAUGGUGCCUGUUCGCAGAAUGAAACUUAGGGAUGAGUAUGCGGACAGUUUGGUGACGUAUGCUGAAGGACAGAGACGUAUCCUGCAGAGCACCAUCCUGCAUCCAGUGUGCCGGGUUUACCCUCCAUCUCUCAGCUACAGGCGGUACUUCAUGAAGCAGCUCAUCCACAGGCUGGAGGACUACCCCACGGAGGUGUGUGAUGAAGUGUAUGAGGCCUACACAGAUCUGCUGGGUCAGCAGGAAGAGGAGGAUGACACUCUGUGUUACAAGACAUACACACUGCCACUGGGUGAUCAGAUAUCUCUACAAGAAUCGGUACAUCUCGUGUCACAGGGAACAACCGGUCUCAGCACCUGGCAGGCAGCACAGCAUUUGGCUGAAUGGGUCUUUGAAAAUCAAAAUAUUUUGCAGAACAGGAAUGUGUUAGAGCUGGGAAGUGGCUUGGGGUUGACUGGUGUGGCAGUCUGUCGACAGUGUGGCGGCAAGCUCAUCAGCUACACCUUCAGUGACUGUCAUCCGCAAGUGUUGUAUAUGUUGGCUAGAAACAUUGAACUCAAUCUCAAUUACAACAUUCAAAAAUCUGAUCCUGGCUCUGACAGGGACAAGAAGAUACUCCGAAAAAUACGUAGACAACUCAGUCUGAAUGCAGAAACAGGCUUAUGUGAUACUGAGAGACUUGAGAAUGAGGCGGUGACCUCCCCCACAAGGUCAGAAGAGGAGACAAAUCAUAACGAAGACCCUGAUGAGAUUCACACUGAUCUGGAGGACCUGGAACUAAGUCACCGUCACUGGAAGCUGGAUGAGACAGGGUUGAGGGGCACUUUGAAGAAAGAUGACAGAAUUAGGAUUGCCAAGCUAGACUGGGAAUGUGUCAGUGAUAAGCUGCUGGAGAAACUCAAGCCAGAUGUUAUUUUGGCGGCAGAUGUGGUGUUUGAUAUGAGCAUCAUCCCAGCUCUGGUGUCGUUACUGCGCCAGCUCCUCACCAGCUCCCCUGACACAGGGCAGGACCCCGUGGCAUACAUCACCUCCACCGUCAGGAACGAGGACACCCGUGAUUGCUUCCUCAUUGCCCUAGGAAAUGAAGGUCUGGCCUACUCUAUAAUGGAACCACCCACGGCACAUAUAUUUCAUUAUGACAGAUCAGUCCCUAUUGAGAUAGUGAAGAUAUUUGUGCAGUGAAAUAUCACAGUACCAGCAUACUGUGUGGGACCGGGACUGUUUGGAGAGAUACUGUGACAAUCACAUCCCCAGCACCGCUGUUGUCAAUGUGGCUUUAUCAUACACAAGGCUUGGACAUAAUCACUGGGGGUAGGGGUGGGUGGGUGGGGGUUUAAACUGUAAAGGGAGGGACAAGGGGAGGAAGAUUACUCGUCAGGGAUAAACUUGCCCAACAUAUUGCCCCUUUUUCUUCAGACAUAUAUCAAUAUGACCCAUAUGCAGUAAAGAAAAGUUUGUCCUUGUCCUUGUUAUUGAAAUUUAAGACAUGAUCAGAAAUGUUUGUUUCAUAAUGCUUGUUGUAUCUCCAUGUGAUUAACUAAUGGCAUCUCUACUGGUUUUAGUCGUUUUUUGCUGAACGUUCCCAGACAGGGAGAACAUUCUCAGCGAAUUCUUGGUUCUUCAUGGUAUUCUUCAGUUUACAACCUGAGACAUCAACCAUUCAAACCAUAUGUUGAAUAAUGUUAAUUACAAACCCCUAGAAACGAUUAACAUGUAAAUAGUCUGGAGAUGUGCUAAUAGUCUGUAAUAUAUGAUUACAUAAUUUACUAGUGAUUGCUAUACAUUUUAAUAGAUUGUAGUGGAAGUGAGUUUUCCAGCAAUUGUAUGAUUCAUGUAAAUAUUUCACUGGGAAAAUCAUGCUGGCUACUACGGUGUCUGGUUAAAUGAAGCAGACAUAAAAUUCAAGGAAAUGUUCUAGUCAAACAGUCGAUGAAAGUAAAGUGUUGAAACUUCCGUCUUGAUGUGCCAAUAUUAGAGUUAUAUAUCACCAUAUAUGUCACGUAUGUUAUAUUUGGGAUUACACGUUCUCAGUAAAGUACAGAUUCUAGUACUUUUGUUGGGUUGAGUCCCAUCCGUGAUUCGAACCCACACCCUGAGAGUCAGGCACACUAAGUGCCGACACAUUGUGUAGU